GAGCGCACGGCUCAUGUAAAGUUUAUAGAUAAUAUAACUCAUAUUAUCUAAGCUUGCGGCACAUGGGUACGGAACUAAUAUAGUACGGAUUUCAAACAAACAUGAAGCCUCAGUCUCUAAAUUAAAUAAUUUAUAAACUUCAUCGUAUAAUACUUUGUCUGUUUUCCAAAGAUUUGUAUUUAGUAAUAUUUAUUAUUGGUAUAAUCGUCGUCUCAUAACUUCGGGUGGCGCCAUUAAAUUAUGAAACGAAAUCGAAAUGAAAAUGGAUUUGAAGAAUGGGGUGGUUACAUGGAAGCCAAAAAAUCAAAACUUGAACAGCAAUUUAUGGACAAAGCGGCUGAUAGUGAAAAUCGUGUUAAAAGUCAAAUUUUUAAAGGCAUUUCAAUCUUUGUCAAUGGAUAUACUUUGCCUUCUGCUGAUGAUCUAAAAGUUAUUAUGAUGGAGAAUGGAGGCGUUUAUCAUCAUUAUCAUAGACCCAAUAUUACUACUCAUGUGAUAUCAAGUAAUUUACCUACUGCUAAAUUAAAGCUAUUAAAACAAUACAAAGUUGUAAAACCUGAAUGGAUAUCUGAUAGUAUAAAAGAAGGAAGACUAUUAAAUUUCAGAGAUUAUUUACUUUUUAUUGAUCAACCUGAUCAGCCAAAAAUAGAUUUUCCAGUCCGUGCAAAAAAUGCAUCAGAACCUACAUUUUUAUCAGAAUUCUACAACAAUUCUAGAUUGCACUUAAUAUCUACUAUGGCAACAACAUUUAAACAUUUGGUCAAUAAUACCCGAAAGUGUACUAAAACUGAUUAUCCAGGACGACAACGAUUAAAGCAAUGGAUUCAACAAAAUAAAGCUAAAAACUUGUUAUCUCAAGAUUUGGAACUUGAUUCUGAAAAAAUAGUUAUGCAUAUAGAUAUGGAUUGUUUUUUUGUAUCUGUUAGUUUAGUUGAAAGACCUGAACUUCGAGGAUUUCCUGUAGCUGUUACACAUGCCAAAGGUAACUCACAUUUAAAAAGAAAAGGUGUAGAUCGAGAAGCCGAAUUUGGUUUGUAUGUUAAACGCUGGAAAGGUGAUGAUGAUGACAAUGAAAAAAAAGAAAUGGUACGAGAAGUUCAACCUAAAUCAACAAAAAGAGAUGGAAUUAAUGAAACAGAUUCAAUGGCUGAGAUUGCUUGUUGUAGUUAUGAAGCUAGAAGAGUUGGUAUUAAAAAUGGUAUGUUGGUAGGCCAAGCAUUAAAGAUGUGUCCUGGUUUGAAAUUAAUACCAUAUAACUUUGAGCAGUAUAAAAACGUUGCUAAUAUCUUAUAUACACACAUAUUAAAUGACUAUACAUUAGACGUAGAAGCAGUUAGUUGUGAUGAAUUAUACUUAGAUUGUACGCAGAUACUGGAAACUACUAAAGCAUCACCACUUGAAUUAGCAACUUUUCUACGGAAAGAAAUAAAGGAAAGAACACAAUGCCCAUGUUCUACUGGUAUUGGUUCUAAUUGUUUGCUUGCCAGGUUAGCUACUAAAAAAGCUAAACCGGAUGGUCAGUUUUAUUUGGAACCUGGUAUUACUAUGGACUUUAUAAAACAAAUCAAUGUUUCUGAUGUUCCCGGUAUUGGAAAAACCUUGGGGCAUAAACUGUCAACACUUGGUGUUAGCACUUGCGGGGAGUUAAGUACGCUUUCUCUGCAAACACUACAAAGUGAAUUUGGAAACAAAACCGGACUUUCAUUGUUCAAACAUUGUCGUGGAGAGGAUGACCGAAAGCUAAACUUUGACUAUAGACCAAAGUCAAUUUCUGCAGAGGUAAAUUAUGGCAUUAGGUUUGAGAACAAAGAAGAAUCAGAAAAUUUUAUUAAGCAAUUAUGUGACGAAGUUGAAAAACGAUUAAAUGAUGUUGAAAUGAUUGGCAAGACCAUUACAUUAAAAUUAAUGAUUCGAAAUUCAGAAGCACCAAAAGAAUCAGCAAAAUUUUUAGGUCAUGGAUUUUGUGAUCAUAUUACCAAAUCUAGUUCUUUAACUAAGUCAACAUCAAGUUCCAAAAUAAUUUUCCAAGUUGUCAAUAAAAUAAUAACUCAAUUAGAUAUUGAUCCAACUGAAUUACGUGGUAUAGGAAUACAAAUAAAUAAAUUAGAAAAUCGUUCUGUUAAAGGAAAUGCUGGAUAUAUUGAAAAUUUUAUAUUAAAUAUGAAAUCAAAAUACGAACUAAAAAAUAAUCAAGUAUCUUUUAAUAAAAAUACUAAUGAUAAUAAAAUUAUAUUAACAAAAGUAAGAGAAUCUAAAAUCAAGAAUUCUUCUUCGGUAAAUGCAGAAAUAAUAUCUGUUGAAAAUAGUAAUAAAUCAAAAACUGUUUUAAAUUAUUUUAAACCCAAAGAAGGAAAUUCAUGUUAUACCCAACAAUCAACUACUUUACAAUCUUCAUCAAAUAUCCCACAUCCAUCAAUUGUUAAUAUUAAAAUGUCACAAGUAGAUCCAUCAUUUCUAGAAGCUUUACCUGCAGAUCUGCGAAAAGAAAUUGAAAAUGAAUUGAAAAAUAAUGAAUUUUAUAACUCUGUAACAUUAGAAAAUGAAAGUGAAUCAAUGGAGUUGACAAUGACUGAAGAAAGUUCUAAGUUAUAUCAACAUGUUCAUGUUGAUAAAAUGAAAGAAUUUAUUGAAGAAUGGGUGAUUACUGAAAAUGAACCUAAGAUGUGUGAUAAUAUAAUGGUUUCAAAGUACUUGUGCAAUUUAGUAAAAGAUACCAAAACAGAAGAUGCUUAUGAAAUCAUAAGAAAACUUUACCAAUUAAUAAAAACUAAGAAUCAUUUGGCUUGGAAACAAAGUUACUUUGAUAUUUUGAAAAAUGUUCAAGAAAUUAUGUUAAAUUUGUAUAAUGCAAAAAUGAAAGUAGAAAGCACAUUUUAAUAAAUUGCUAUCAAAAUCAACAUUA